UGGCUCACUCAGUCGGACGCUGCAGAAGCCUAUAACCCUGGGUUGUGGUAAACAUCUCAGAUGUUUUUCCGUGAGAAGGUUGCAAUGGACAGCUUUCUACGGGACAGGAUGACGAUGGUUUUAUCUGGUGCAAUUUGAUAACGGCCGUCAAAUGGGAUUUUCGUAGGAAUUAAGGACCCUGAUGUUGCUUAAAAUCGUCAGGUUGGUGAUUCCAAGGGAACCAUGUCAACACCACUGUGUCAUCUGCCCAUGUCUGCCAUUUUCUUUCUGCUUGACUCAAAACACCAACAUCCUCCACCACCUGCCAAGUAGUGAUGGGGAGAUCCUGCAGCAAAUCUUGCUAGCUGAAGGCGUGAGAGUCAACAAAACUAGCGGCCUUCGAGCUCAGAAUCACAUGCUGGCAGAGCACAAGUGUUUGCGAGAUAAACAGAGGCAGCAACACUGAUAAGCCAAUGCAGAAACCAUAUGGCCAUAUUUUCUCAAUUUUAUUGGGCCUGACUUGCAGCCUGAAUGAAAUGUGUAUAUUAUAGUGUCAGAAAUGCAGUGAUUGGACUUUUAAACCUACACUUGUAAAUUCAGCCAGCUCAACAACCACAAAACAGAAUGGCUUCCGGUGACCACAAAGAGACAGGGAAUGAACUGGCAGAACACCUUCAAAUGGAUCAUGAGUUAUUGAGUCAAAAUCAGUACCCUGCUGGGAGUAACUUCAAGUCCAAAAGUUUGCCCACUCUAAAUGACCAGCAUAGCAAGGCCUUGUUGACCAAGUCUUUGCAGCAACAGGUGUCAAUAACGGAGGAGAAGAGUACUGAAUUCAUCCAACUCCCACAGAGGAUCAACCUGAACCAACCUUUACCUGAAUCGCCCACCAGGACUAAUGUUAACUAUUCCCCUUCCAAGUCUAGUGUGGUGGGGAUGAGUCUUCCAUUUAACACAGAGACGCAGGUCAGCAAACCCAGGCGUAAAAAUGCCUCAAGACUACCCCUGAUGCGUUUACCCACUAGGAAAUACAUGAGUGUGAUUCUCGAAGACUCUCGCUGUUUUUUAUGUUGCAUGUGUUACCUGACAUUUAUCCAGUCACUGAUGGUGUCUGGCUACCUUAGCAGUGUCAUCACCACCAUAGAGAAGAGGUACAGCCUCCGGAGCUCUGAGUCUGGUCUGCUCGUCAGCUGCUUUGACAUAGGCAGUCUGCUAGUGGUGGUCUUCAUCAGUUACUUCGGAGGCCGAGGGCAAAGGCCCAGAUGGUUGGCCGUGGGUGCAGUGUUUAUAGCCGUCGGCGCAGCACUCUUCUCCUUGCCUCACUUCAUCUCCCCUCCGUACCAAAUCCUGGAGGUGAACUCCUCACGGGGCAAUGAAGGCCUGUGUAUGAACCACAACGGCAGUGGCAAGGACUUCCUGGAUUUGUCCUCCUGCCCUAGAGACCAAGAGGGUAAUGAACACAACCUGUACGUGGCCCUAUUCAUCAUAGCACAGAUCCUGGUGGGUAUGGGGUCGACACCCAUCUACACCCUGGGACCCACCUACCUGGACGACAACGUCAAGAAAGAGAACGCCUCACUUUAUCUUGCUGUCAUGUAUGUGAUGGGAGCCCUGGGUCCGGCUGCUGGGUACCUGCUAGGAGGAGUUCUCAUCGGCUUCUACGUAGACCCCAAGACUGUGGUCAACAUAGAUCAGAGCGACCCUCGUUUUAUUGGCAACUGGUGGAGCGGAUUCCUGCUCUGUUCUGUCGCUAUGCUGCUGGUCAUCUUCCCCAUGUUCACCUUCCCCAAAAAGCUGCCUCCCAGAAACAAGAAGAAGAAGAAGAGGAAAAAGAUCAGCCUGGACAACGUGUCCAGUGAGGAUGAGAUCACCAAGGAGAAGACCAACAGCAAGAGCCAGACGGUUACAUCGUCCAUGGGCUUUGGGAAAGACAUCAAAGAGCUGCCUAAGGCUGCAGUGAGGAUCCUGAGUAAUGUCACCUUCCUGUUUGUGAGCCUGUCCUACACUGCAGAGAGCGCCAUCGUCACCGCCUUCAUCACCUUCAUACCAAAGUUCAUAGAGUCGCAAUUCGGCAUCCCAGCGUCCAGCGCUAGUAUCUACACAGGUGUGAUCAUCGUGCCCAGUGCUGGGGUGGGGAUAGUCCUGGGGGGCUACAUCAUUAAGAAGCUGAAGUUGGGAGCCAGAGAGUCGGCCAAGCUGGCCAUGAUCUGUAGUGGGGUCUCUCUGCUCUGCUUCUCUACUCUGUUCAUAGUGGGAUGUGAGAGCAUCAACCUGGGAGGCAUCAACAUUCCAUACACCACCGGUCCUACUCUGACCAUGACCCAUCGUAACCUGACUGGAGGGUGUAACGUGAACUGUGGCUGUAAGAUCCAUGAGUAUGCGCCGGUCUGUGGUUCUGAUGGCAUCACAUACUUUAACCCCUGCCUGGCAGGCUGUAGCAGUGUGGGCAACGACAGCAAAGGAAUCCGGAACUACGCAGACUGUGCGUGUGUCCAGAGCAGACAGGUCAUCACCCCCUCCUCCAACGGCCAGGGCAACCAGCUGCAGCUGGUCAUCGUCAAGACCUACCUGAAUGAGAACGGCUACGCCGUGUCUGGGAAAUGUGACCGCACCUGCAGCACACUCAUCCCCUUCCUCAUCUUCCUCUUCAUCGUCACACUCAUCACCGCCUGCGCUCAGCCCUCCGCCAUUAUCGUCACUCUCAGGUCAGUAGAAGAGCAGGAGAGACCCUUUGCACUCGGGAUGCAGUUUGUUCUCCUCAGGACCCUUGCCUAUAUCCCUACUCCAAUCUACUUUGGGGCGGUGAUCGACACCACCUGUAUGCUGUGGCAGCAGGACUGUGGUGUCCACGGCUCCUGCUGGGAGUAUGACGUCACUUCCUUCCGCUUCGUCUACUUCGGCCUGGCUGCCAGCCUCAAGUUCAUUGGCUUCAUCUUCAUCUUCCUCACCUGGUACUCCAUCAAGUACAAGGAAGAGCGUCUGGAGCGCUGGCUGAAACACCUCUCGCCCAUGGACACGGUCAGCGACCUCAUCUGCCACGCCGGGGGUCACAAGGGACACGCCCGUACCCGCUCCUGUCCCGUAAAUAUACCACGCAACGAACCUCCCAUCAUCCCCAUCCUCAACAGGGGCCUCAGCAGCCAGAGCUGCCCGGGAAACAGCCUGAAGAGCCUGAAAGCAAUAACCCCGCCGGCCCCUCGCCCUCCCACUCGCUCUCUGGAACAGGUGUCUGCCCGUAUCUGAGUGCUGGGUGUUGUUUCCAACCAUCUCCAGCCCUCCCUGCUAGCCACAGUCUGCAAUGUGUACCUUUCUCAUUCUGGUUCUCACUUGUAUAGUAUUAUAGUGUGUAAACACACACAGGCACUGGAUGUCACUCAAACAGUCAGCGGUUGGUCAAACACGUAUACAGGAAGACACUGGGAUGGGUACCUCGAUUUAGCUAAUCUCCUCUUCCUUCUGCCUAGUAUGUUAGUUAGCUUUUUUUGUUUUCAUCAUGGAAGUGAAUGUUUAUUUCCCUGCAUAUCAUUUCUUUAGAAAAUUGCAAGUGUGAUCUUAAUGAUGGUAUUAUGGGAUGGUGCUAUGUGAAAAUGGCAUGAAUAAUAUCCUUCAUUGCUCAGUUUUAUUGUUAAUUCUGAGACCUCAGCAGGAUGCGGUAAGAAGCUUGGCCGGCUAGCACAACUAAAUCCUGUACUAUGCAAGGUCUCUUUGCCCUAUUAUACAAUGGCUAGCAGUAUUAAAGGCACACAGUGAGUGUUGCCUUCCCUUCCCAUACAAUGUGCAAACGUCAUUCCGCAUUGCCCCAUACCUGCGUGUAAUGAUGACUGGUUGACUUGGAAAGGAUAUUAUUGAAACAUUUGGAAUUGGUACUUCUUCUCCUGUAUUCUGUGGCAACCUCAUAGACAGGCCCACAAAUAUUUCCCUUGUUGUAGUUCAGACAGUUGGCUUGCAUCCUAAAUGGUUCCCUAAUACCUAUAUAGUGCAAUACAUUUGACAAGUGUUCAUAUACCUUUGGUCAAAAGUAGUGCACUACAUGGGGAAUAGGGUGCCAUUUGGCAUACAUACAAUGUUUUAACCAACCAGACCCCCUGCUGGCUCUGGUGGAGAAGUCCAGACCAUUGCUGCUGGUGCCAAAAGACUGCUGUGCUUCCCAUGAUCAGCUAAACCACACACCACUCUUUCACAUAAGUUAUUGUCAGUAUUUUAGUGGCCUGUCAGACUUCACCUCACUUUUGAGCGAAGCCUAGGAGUCUGAGGCUAUCAGUUUAGUUCAGUCUGUCUGUACCACACCAAGCAUGAGUAAAGGGUAUGGAUGUAUAAAUGUAAUGCAUAUACCAGUAGCGCAACUUCUCCCAUGUACUGUGUAACUGAGCCACAUUAUCAUUUUUAAACAAUACUCUUUAGGGAAUUAGUAUAAAGUUCAACUACUCAGUAUGUCUACCAUACAGCAUGUGCUACUGAACCACUGUCGGUGAUAUCAAUCAUGGCUUCUGAGGUUGUUUUGUCUUUUGGUGUAACCCUUUUUUACUAACUCAAACUAAGUCAGACUAAUUGUUUAAACCGUGCUAAGUCGAGCUUAGGGCUGUGAGUUACUAAACUCCCACAGCUCAGUAAUCAAUAAGAUUACAUGGAUGGGGGGGGUCUAAUUUAAGACUACUUUAAGACUUGAUACAGAAGGCCCAUGAGCUGAUUGUUGAAACAUUCAGGUAGCUUGUGGGUGUAACAUGCAAUAUUAAAGUAUGUAUUGCUGUUAGUUUUGCAGGGUGUUUGAGGACACCUGCUGGUCAGAUGUAGUAAGCAAUAUUGUAGAAAGACUAAUUAAACUAGUGUUUUCCAAAGUGAAAUAACGAGGCAAUUAUUUGGUGGAAUAAUCAAAAUGUUCAGUUCAAUCUAACACUUUAAUGUUGGAAGUUAAAUUGUGUUUUUCUAUGUACCUAUGUUGAGUUUGGGCAGUUGGGACAGCACUUACAUGAUACAAUGUGGCAGUUGGGUUAGAGUUAAUAGCAUUAAAAGCUCUGAUUUGAGUGGCCUUUGGGAUAUUAUACUGAACUAAAAUAUAAACGCAACAAAUUAAAAUCAGAUUUAGUCUCAUACUUAUGAGCCCUUAACCAAAAAUGCAAUUCAAGAAAUAGAGUUAAGAAAAUAUUAAGUAAUAUUAAGUAAAAAAUAAAAACAUGCAACAAUUUCAACAAUUUUACUGAGUUACAGUGCAUAUAAGGAAAUUGGUCAACUUAAAUAAAUUCAUUAUGCAUUAAUCUAUGGAUUUAACAUGACUGGGCAGGGGCACAGCCAUGGGUUCGCCUGGGAGGGAAUAGGCCCACCCACUGGGGAGCCAGGCCCAGCCAGUCAGAAUGAGUUUUUCCCCAUGAAAGGGCUUUAUUACAGACCCAUACUCCUCGGUUUCAUCAGCUGCCCGGAUGGCUGGUUUCAGACUAUUCCGCAGGUGUAGAAGCCGAAUGUGGACGUCCUGGGCUGGCGUGGUUACAUGUGGUCUGUGGUUGUGAGGCUGGUCGGAGGUACUGCCAAAUUCUCUAAAAUGACAUUGGAGGCAUCUUAUGGUAGAGAAAUUAACAUUCAAUUCUCUGGCAACAGCUAUGGUGGACAUUCCUGCAGUCAGCAUGUCAAUUGCACGCUCCUUUAACUUGUUAGGCCGGUUGGUCUUUUAUCCCCAGCACAGGGUGCACCUGGGUAAUGAUCAUGCUGUUUAAUCAGCUUCUUGAUAUGCCACAUCUGUAAGGUGGAUAGAUUAUUUUAACAAAGGAGAAAUGCUCACUAACAGGGAUGUAAACAAAUAUGUGCACAACAUUUGAGAGAAGCUUUUUGUGCUUAUGGAACAUUUCUGUGAUGUUAUUUCAGCCCAUGAAACAUGGGACAGACACAUUUACAUGUUGCGUUUUGUAUUUUUGUUCAGUAUAUAAGAUGUUGCCGAUUUUAAUAUGGAAAGUUACCAUAUAUCUUUAUAACUGAAUGAUUAAGUGAUUUUUAAAUGAUUAAACUGACAUUGCAAUGUUAUUCUAGAUGACCAUGUAUCUGCCAAUAGUAGUGACAGACAGGCUAAUUGAUGUAAUCAUUUUCAGUACUCAGUGGAGAAAUACACUAAAGGAUAGAAAUCACAAUUCUUAGUCAAACAUUACGUAUUCUUUCACAUGAAAUGCAGUGUAUGUAGUGCGCAUUUAGGGGCAAAUAUUAUAUUUCUAGCUACAUUUUGAAUCAAGGAUGCUAACUUUAGUGUUAUUGAAUCCAAUGUUAGUGAAAGGCUACAUUAUGUUAUGUUUCAGUGCCUACUUUUCCUACUCAUUGAUUACAGUUGAGAUGGAUUAAUACGUCCGUGUUUAUUUAACCUUUUAUGCCAUUUUUUUUAUUUGGAGAUUCUGAAAUGUUCUUGACUUCAAGUAAUGACACUAAAUGAUAUGGCUGACUGACUGAAUAAUUAGACUCUAGGGAUUUUCGUUUACUUGCUGCCAUCAAUAGACCUUUUCAACCUGUACCUACAGUACCAGGAUGUUUGCUGCAGAAUUCCAGUAAUCUUGUGAUACUCACCCUCAAACCUACUGUUCCUCUGGAGCGAGAAGCUCUCUGUUACCUCCUCGUGUAGUGCUGUCAUUGUAUGUGGCAUAAAACGAGGACUUGACCUGGAUGCUACGAUAGACUAUUUCAGGUAGAUUGUAGUUGCAUCUUCUUUGUCAGUAUUGUAUUUAUUUCAAUUCAAAUGAGUUUUUAAUGACAAGUUAAUGCCUCAAUUAUAUGGUCAACAUAGGAAGAACAUUGUAAAUUGUUUGUGGACACACUGUUUACAAAUGCCUUGGAUACUUGACCUCUGUCAAUAAAAAUGUGAAAAAUAAACCAA